UCGGAGGCCGAUUAUAUAUAAAGAGCCUCUGCCUUCCACCAGUUAGUACGUUUACACCACAAAUGGCCACCUCUUUCUUAUUAUUGAUCCUAAUAGCUCUCUCUCCGUUUUCCGCGUUUGCUUCAGUUAGUUGGAGCAUAGACUGCGGGGCGUCAGAUUCGUACAUAGACGACAAUCUGAUCGUUUGGCAGGGCGAUGAUACUCUUGUAAGCGCCGGGCAGUCACGGACGGUCAAGACCACCGAUAGCCUCCAUGUGACGAGCACCCUCAGGGUGUUCACUUCCGGAAAGAAGAAUUGCUAUGUCCUCGAAGGCGAGAAGGGUGCCAAACUGCUCGUGCGCGCAAGCUUCUUUUACGGGAACUAUGAUGGGAAGUCAUCUCCUCCAAGUUUCGGUCUUCAGAUCGAUGGGAACGACUGGGUGAAAGUCGUGACUGAUAUGGAAACGGAGACUUACAUUUACUAUGAACUUAUAUAUGUCAGUAAGGGGGAUUCGAUAAGCAUGUGCCUCGUGCAGACCGACUCGAGCCAGUACCCCUUCAUAUCAGCCCUUGAAGUACGGACCUUAGAAUCCCCGAUGUACCGAAAUUUCGAUGCGAAUCAGGCUUUGAGUCUUGUCGGGAGGCAUGCUUUUGGUGCAGUUAAAUCUAUCAGGGAUAAGUACGACCGAAUAUGGGGACCAGCAACAUUGACGGGAACCGAGUUCACAUCUGUCGAGAGCAGUGCAUUGAGCAUUGACACUACAACUGUAUCUGAAGAUCCGCCAGAGGAAGCUGUUCAAAAUGCGAUGACCACCUCGAGCAGCUCUGCUGAGUCCAUGAAGUGGGCUCUGACCGGACUAGACUCGACUCUGAGCCCAAUUUACCUGAACCUGUACUUCUCCGAAGUGAGCCAACUCGAUACGACUGACAAGCGGUCAUUCAGCAUUUAUCUAGGUGACAAGUUAGUAGACAAAUCCUCGACAGGCCUAUCACCGAGCUACGGAAGUGUUGGUGAAGUUACUAUCUACAACGCCAUGGCUUCAAAAAACACGACCAUCAUGCUGACAUCCACCUCCGACUCGACCCUGCCUCCUAUAAUAAACGCCUUGGAGUUAUUCCAAGUCAUCAAUUACACGGCAUACUCGACAGCAACAACAAGUAAUUCCCCCGGAACCUCCUCUGGUGGCGGCAGCGGGAGUACCCCAUCACCAACCUCUUCUGAUACCGAAACACCAACUUCCACUGACGAUGAGGCCGCUCCCUCGUCGGGUAAAAAGAAGAGCAACCUUCCUGUGAUUCUCGGCGCGGGUAUCCCGGGUGUCUUGCUUUUGGUGGCAUUUGUGGUCGUGCUGGUCGCCAUGCAGCAGAAACGACAGCGAGCGGCCAUGGCCGCAGCAACACAAGCAGGGGGUGGUAAUGGCCAGGGAGCCGCCUACAAUAACAAUUACAACGGGAAGAUGAUGAUGGGAGCAACCGUCGGGCAAGAGACGAUUAAUGAGUUCAAAGUGAAUGUCAACGAGGACCAACCGACUAACCAAGAAGAUCCCAACAAUCAGCUUCAGUACGGGUCACCCGCCCCACUCCUGAAUGAAACGCGUCAGUAGAUACAGUAAAUUAGUUUCGUUCGGUCGGCAUUGUUUAAUUAAUGUGAAAUUUAUACAAAUUUUUUUUCCCUAUGGUUUCUUUCUGGCAUGGUAAGAGUGUCGAUUUCCUUUAUUUCCUCUGUACUUCAAGCAAUAUGGAUGACUGAAUUAAAUCGAUGUAAUUUGAAGAU